UCUCUUGUUGCUUUCCCUAAACUGAAGAGGCAGGUGUUGUCUUACGACCCUCCGGUUAGUUCGCCCAAAGACUUCACAGACGCCACGCUCUUCUACGUCAACCAGGACUUUUCACUCAUAAAAAACUCCAAAGUUCAGAAGCGAGGAAAGAUUAAUCUGAUCGGUCGGCUGCAGCUGACGACGGAGCGGAUGAGAGAAGAGGAGAACGAAGGCAUCGUUCAGCUCAGAAUACUCAGAACUCAGGAGGCUAUUAUCCAAAUCAUGAAGAUGAGGAAGCGCAUCAGCAAUGCCCAGCUGCAGACGGAGCUGGUGGAAAUCCUGAAAAACAUGUUCCUGCCUCAGAAGAAGAUGAUAAAGGAGCAGAUCGAGUGGCUCAUCGAACACAAGUACAUAAAAAGGGACGAGUCGGACAUCAACACCUUCAUCUACAUGGCCUAGACCAGGAGGACGGAGCGCACUUUUACUGUUUGUUUUUUUUUUUGUUUUGUUUUGUUUUGUCUGCUGGCCUGCACAGCUGGAGCUCGUUCGUUCACGGUGUGGACGCUGUUUCUGUUUCCGAGACGCCGGUCGAGACGAAUAUGUGGCGUUGAGUCACGGCGCCGACCGUCUGUGUGUCUCUGCUGCCCUCUAGUGUUCGAUCAGAGGAGAGUCGUGGCAGCAGGGGCUUCUUUUUGCCAGCAUUUCAGAAGAAAACCACGAUAGUUAAAUAAUAAAAUAAAUACUUCCUGCCUUACCUUUUCUCAGACGUGGACUGCAGAUGAGACGGAGGUGAAAUGUGCGGCGAGAGGAGGACAGAAGCUGAUGUUUUGCUUUCACAUGAUGCCGCAGCUGUCAUCCUGCAUCCCUCCUUUUCGCUGUUAUUUUUUUUUUGUUUGUUUGUUUUUUGACAGGGAAUGCAAAAGAUCAAGUGAAAGUAGACACGGUGAAGGACUUGUUGAAACAACCGAGGAGUAUUUUGCCAAAUUGUGUGUGUGUGUUUGGGUGCAUGGUGUGUAUUAUAGAUGUGUGUAUGUGUGUGUAUGUAUAUGUGCACUUUCAACAGCAUGCUGCUCUGAUUAUUUUUAUUUUUUUCUCUCCAGCAGAAAAUAUCUCACACGUUGUGAUCCGGGCGUGAAAGAGUCGAGAAAUUAAAAUCAGCCUUUCUUUUAAUGCUGAUGUUUAGUUUUCUUAUUAAGACCUUUGAGCGCAACUGAACAAAUGUGAUUAGUGUUUGUUUGUUUUUUUUGGACAGUUUUCAUUUUCAAACUAUUUAUUUGGUGUGUAACAACCCAUGCUCUGGACAUUGUGAAAUUAAAUGCGAACUUAAUCAAAGGUGGACACUGAAAAAUGUGACCAAGUAAAUUUUUGUGUGUGUGAGUAAAAUAGAAACACAAAUCUCGACAGAAACACUUUUUAUUUCGUUAUUUAUGUUCUAUACUUGAGUACAUUUGGUUACAAUUAAAGUUCUAAAUACUACA